AUGGUGACAACUAAAUUGAGAACGUUUUCGAAACUGCCGAAGGUGGCAGCUGUCAUAUUUGACAUGGAUGGUACACUAUGUCUUCCACAGCCGUGGAUGUUUCCAGCUAUGAGAGAGGCCAUUGGUCUAAAAGAUGCAUCCCAGGAUAUCUUGGACUUCAUUUCGAUGAUGGAUGAUCCCGUACAGCAAAAGAUAGCAGAGGAAGGUUUGGCCAAAGUGGAGGAGAAGGCUAUGCUUGAGAUGAUUCCCCAACCGGGUCUUGUUGAGACUAUGAAAUAUCUAACACAGCAAGGUAUUGCAAAAAAUAUAUGUACCAGAAAUGUUGGUACACCAGUACAUUAUUUUAUAGAUAAAUUCAUCCCAAAGGACUAUGCCAAGUUUGACCAUAUCAUAAUGAGGGAUUUUAGGCCCACUAAACCGUACCCUGAUCCAUUGCUACACAUCGCCAAACAGAUAGACUCCAACCCACAACACAUAAUAAUGGUUGGCGAUUCUUAUGACGAUAUGAAAAGUGGUAGACUAGCUGGAUGCCUUACCGUGCUACUGAAAAACAAGAUAAAUGCAAAGCUAGUGGAAGAGCAAUCAAGUUUGAUAGAUGUUACAAUAAGUGAAUUAAACGAAUUAAUUGAAAUCAUAGAAGAGAUAAAUAACUAG